AUGUCGAAUACCGUGGUUGUUUUUUUAUUUUUAUUAGAAUGUCUUGUUGCCCAUAGUAUACCGAAUCUUUUUACAUCGGAUAUCAUAUUUGGCCCAAGAAAUGACAAGAGCGGGGCGGGAAAUGGUGCAGAAAACGAAAAUACGGAUUAUGAAAUUGUCCAUCUUUCAAGAGAUGCACACCCAAUGUACAGCUUCAACGCAUUUGGCAGGGAUAUAAAUCUCAACUUAAAACCGAACGAGAAAAUAAUUUCAGAAUAUUUCAAAACUUAUCUGGUUGACGGUGAUGAAAAACAAGAAGUGAAAGAAAUAACGAAACCUUGUUAUUAUCUACAUGCUGACAACUUCAGUUCAGCUGCUAUUAACUUUUGCUACGAAGAUAAAUUGCAUGGUCUUCUAUUUUUCGAGAAGUAUGUCAUGGAAAUAGCACCAGUUCAUGGUGAAACUUCCAAUACAAACUCCACAGCAAUGCCACACAUGAUCAAGAAAAGUCUUAUAAAAGAUCAACCCUGGGCAGAUGAAUUCCAUUUAGAGCCACCAGCAAAAAGGACGCCAGAAAAUAGCCUUAAAAACCACAAAAUGAACACCAAAAAGUUUGACUCUAAGCCUGUAUUGGAAGCAGCUUUAUUUUUUGACGAAGCCGCAUACAAAAUUUUCGCACCAUAUUUCGACUACAAUGUCGGGCAGAUACGUGACAUGUUGCUAGCUUACAUGAACGGGGUACAAGCAUUAUACCACCACCCAAGUAUAGGUAAAAACAUCGACAUUAUGCUAACACAUCUGGAAAUAUUUCGGAAACAACCCCAAGGUCUGCCAGACUACGAAGGAGAAAGAGAAUCCCUGCUAACCUCCUUCUGUAACUACCACGCUGCUCAAAAUCCUUCUGGAGAUGACAAUCCUCUGCAUUGGGACAUUGGAUUAUAUAUUUCGGGAUUAGAUUUCUUCGCUAUAGAGAAAGGAAGAAAAAGUGGAACAACAAUGGGACUUGCAGUGGUUGGAGGAGUGUGCUUGGACAAGUACUCAUGUAUCAUAGCUGAGUUUGGAGUGACGAAUGUUUUUGGAAAGCCUUACCCUUCUGCAGGUUUUACUUCGGUUUUCAUCCUUGCUCAUGAAAUAGGACACAGCUUAGGAAUGCAUCAUGACGGAUACACCAAUGACUGUCCCAAGGAAGGUUUUAUAAUGUCCCCAUCGAGAGGAGUUUUCGGCGAAACAUUAUGGUCCAGAUGUAGUGCCGAAAUUAUGAAUACCUUAGAUACUUGGGCAACUUGCUUAUACGAUACAGCUGAGGUCAACAACGAACUGGAUCACAGAAAGUUCGGAGAAACGCCAGGUUUGGUUUGGAACUUGAAGAAACAAUGCGAACUACUGCUUAAGGACAAAGAUGCUGAUAUUUAUAGCACUGGCAAUGAAGAGGAUGUUUGCCAGAACGUGCAGUGCAGGACCCCGCACAGGGCAGGUUUCUACUAUUCGGGCCCAGCGGUGGAAGGCACUCUCUGUGGGAACAAUAAGUGGUGCAAAGGUGGUGAAUGCGUCACGAUAGAUGAAAUGGGGCAAAACAACAUAAUCGUUGGUGAGUGGAGUGAAUGGUCUACUGACAAAUGCCAGUCAGGCUGCAUCCUUAAUUCCAAAGGUUUUCGUUCAAGAAAAAGGGUUUGCAACAACCCUUCUCCCGUUAAUACGAAUGAAGGAUGUGAUGGUCUAAGUUACGAAGUUCUGUUGUGUAGUGACAAUAAAAUAUGCCGUAAAAACAAGAAAGAAACUUCUACCAAACACGCCUCAAGAAAAUGCAAGGAAUUCAGUAAAUUGAUCUAUGAAAUAGAUAAGGAAGGUGUGGGCCUUCAAGCACCCCAUGAAUCUGAUAGACUGUGGAUGGGCUGUACAAUAUUCUGUAGAAGAAGUGAUAAAACAAGUUUUUAUACUCCUCGGAUUGAAUUGAACGACCUGGGUGUAGACCCGUACUUCCCAGAUGGGACAUGGUGCCAUUUCGACGGAGAUUUGAACUAUUACUGCCGAUGGCAUCAUUGUUUACCAGAGGAUUUCCACUUCAAUAAGAAUAUGAUUUGGGACAGAGACUUACAGAUGCCUCAGAAUGCCCUGCCAGAAACUAUACCAUUAUCAGAUACGAUGAGGAAGUAUCUAAGCACGGACGAUAAAGGAAAACCACUUCUCAAAUCAUUCAACCCUAACUCAACAUACUGGGACUUUAAGGAAGAUGCCUGGGAGACGAAAGAUUACAUCGAAAUACCUUAA